ACUACUUAACAUCCAGUUACAUGUUAAUCGAAACCCAUAAGGGAGCAAAAACAUUUCAGUAUUUUAAAGAAGUAAAUUUAGUCUCACUUGUUAUAAUUAUUCGAUUUGCCUAAAAACUAAUGUAUAAGCAAGGCAGAAACAAAACCCCUACUUUUGUAUUGAACGGAUUUUACCAGCGGUUAAUUUUUAAACCCUCCUCUACCCAUUUGCUUUUCAUGUUACGAGACAAAAGUUUCACUUGGACUGAAAUUUGCCUUAAACGGAAAUAAACAUGACCCUCAUAUCAAAGGCUCCAUGUUUCAAAUCCAAGUUCAUCACUGCUGAGCUGGCUUGCCUGUUCAGCCAGUCGGACAGUGAGGAGGAGUUUGAAGGUUUUAGCGAGGAUGAGGAAGAGGAGGAAAGAGGAACUUUUAACAAACGGCUUAAGACCAAGAUGAUGGACUCAGAAGAGGACAGCGAAGUGGACACAGGCUUCUACUCAGAUGGCGAGGAGGCCCACCCUCCAAAGAGGAACAGUCUUUUAGUAGCUAUGAGGUUUCCUGUCAAAAGACAAUCCACCCCGAAAAAGGAACCACUAGAGGAAAGUGUCAACAAGCCAGUCAAAGAAACUACUUCUUCACAGAAAGGAACACCGAGGAUGACACUGAGGCAGCAGCUGCAGAACAAGAAAGAGGAACAGAGGGAGGAAGAGGAGGAUGAGGAGGAAGCUGAAGAGGAGGUCCUUUCUCAGAGCCUACAAAAAAGAAACAAGAACAUCCAGGAAAACAAGGCCAUGCUGGCUAAACUGUUUGCUGAUCUCAGCACCAUGGCUGACCUGACUCCUCCCACCACCCCUCAAAACAAGAAACGCGCGAAAGAGAAAGCAACAUCCCGGAAACGCAAGUUUGACUCACAGGUGGGCUCAGAAAGGAGGAACCCGUCCCGUAAGGCUCGUCCUCCUGAGAACUUUGCAGUGGAGGAAAAGAGCGAACCGCUCACCAGCAGAACCCCUCGGACGGUAGACCUCAGGAGACUGGUGGAGGUGGACGAGGAACAUGUCGGGGAGAAAAAUAAAAAGAGGAGAAGCCAGAGCUCCAGGAAGAGCCAGUAUGACGUGAGGUCAGUCGACGAUAUCACCAAAGAAGAACUGGACAACAUAGCAUCCGGCAACAAAGACAAGAUCUGGGACAAGGAGAAUGGCAGCUCGUGUCACCAGUGCAGACAGAAGACUCUGGACACCAAGACAGUGUGUCGCAGUGGUUUCUGCGUAGGGGCCAAAGGUCAGUUCUGUGGGCCGUGCCUGAAGAACCGCUACGGGGAGGAUGUACGCGAUGUGCUGCUCGACCCGACGUGGUCGUGUCCCAUCUGCAGAGAUAUGUGUAACUGCAGUCUGUGUCGUAAGAAGGAGGGCCGCUGUGCGACCGGCAUCCUGUUGGGACUGGCUCGCUACAACGGCCACGACAAUGUCCACAAAUAUCUGGAGAGUAUUCAGAAGGAUCUGCAGUAAAGUCCAGAGAGAAGAUCGGAGAACAGAAGCUGCACAGUAUCGUAGAACUCAUUUCAAUGCACAUUUUUAGAUUAAGACUUGAUUUUAACUAGAGAAGCACUAACCCUUUUUUUUUUUAAAGACAAGUCACACACACUGUCGUUAUGUUUUAUCUGUCCUCAAUAAGGCUGCGUAAGAUGCACGCAUAUUCUGCUGUUCUCAAAGCUAGUUCUCAGUUUUGAAUUGCAUAUUUUCAUACGUAUAGUUCUAUUGUUGAUGUUCACUAGUAGACAUGUAAGAUUAUGGUUGUUUUGUCAGUUUUCUGAAGAUGCAAAUUUAGCAUUUCAUUGUAUAUACCAGCUUUUUAUAAAAGUGUUCACUUUACCAUACUUCUGUCAGUUCAGUCUACUGUAC